AGUACGUUAUUAUUGCAUGCUUCACAGCAGUCAUAUAUAGUUGAAUAACUAACCAUAACCUCCUUGUUCAGUCUGUGCCUUUGGCUCAUUACCACACUUAUCCGCUGGAAUAAAGAGUUCCAUCGUCAUGGUGCGUACAGUAGCAGUGAUCGGGGCAGGUCCUUCAGGUCUGACCAGCAUCAAGGGCUGCCUGGAGGAAGGUCUGGAACCCACCUGCUUCGAGAGCAGUGAUGACAUCGGUGGACUGUGGAGGUUCAAGGAGUGUGUGGAUCCAGGCAGGGCCAACAUCUACCAGUCAGUCAUCAUCAACAGUUCCAAGGAAAUGAUGUCAUACAGUGAUUUCCCUCCACCUGCUGACCUGCCCAACAACAUGCACCACACCCAGCUUCUGAUCUACCUCAGACUUUACGCUGAGGCGUUUGACCUCCUCAAGCACAUCCAGUUCCAGACCGCUGUGCUGAGUGUGCGCCAGAGGCCAGACUUCCAUGUGUCAGGCCAGUGGGAGGUGGAGACGGAAAGGAGUGGUCAUAGGGAGACUCUGGUCUUCGAUGCUGUGAUGGUCUGCACCGGUCACUUUACACAACCACAUCUGCCCCUCAGUGACUUCCCAGGUAUUGAAGAGUUUGAGGGCAAGUACCUCCACAGCUGGGAAUACCGCAGUGCCGAGGGACUGCAGGGGAAGAGAGUGGUGGUGGUGGGGAUUGGGAAUUCUGGAGGUGACAUCGCUGUGGACGCCAGCAGAAUAGCGGAGCAAGUGUACCUCAGCACGCGGAGGGGGGCUUGGGUGGUCAGCAGGGUGGGGGAAGGCGGCCUGCCGGGGGACCUGGUGGGCACUUCACGAUGGGACAGGCUGAUGCAGACACUCUUCCCCUCCUGGAUCGCCAGCUCCAUAGAGAACAAAGUCAACCAGAUAUUCAACCACAGGCUCUAUGGCCUUCAGCCAAAACACGGGUUCUUUGCCCAGAUCCCAGUGGUGAAUGAUGACCUUCCUGGUCGAAUCAUCUCUGGACGCGUUCUGAUCAAACCGAACAUCAGGGAGGUCAGAGGUUCCAGUGUGGUGUUUGAGGACGGGAGCGUUGUAGACAAGGUGGAUGUUGUGGUGUUUGCCACUGGCUACAACUAUAACUACCCCUUCCUGCCUUCGGGUCUGCUGGCUAAUAGCGGUUUGCCGCUGUGUCUAUAUCGACACGUGUUCCCCCUGGGCCUGGCCCGGCCCAGUCUGGCUAUAGUGGGCUUUGUGUGUAAUCUCGGAGCCAUCAACCCUCUGGCUGAGAUGCAGGCCCGCUGGGCCACCCGGAUCUUUAAAGGAUUACUGACGCUACCGCCAGAGAAAGCCAUGCUGCAGGACAUAAAGAGAGACACCAGCACCUUGCAAAACAGGUUUGCCUGUUUGGAGCGUCACCCUCUUCAGGUAGACCACAUCCCCUACCUUGACUCCAUGGCAAAGGAGAUAGGUGUUCGUCCCAACCUCCUGUGGCUGCUGUUAACAGAGCCUGGUCUGGGUCUCCGUGUGCUGUUGGGGCCCUGCACUCCGUACCAGUACCGCCUGAGAGGGCCAGGACAGUGGGACGGGGCCCGACAGGCCAUCCUCACCCAGUGGGAGCGCGUGGCCCAGCCAUUCAAGACCAGGAUAGCUCCACAAGAAGAAAACAAAAUUAGAUUCUCCUUUAGUCUGAAACUGGUGCUGACCAUGUCUGGCACUGCUAUCCUACUGACCCUCUUUAGCAGACACAGUGCCUCAUCAGUCCUCUCCCACCCUGCAGACAUCCUGGCUAAGGUCUGCACUCUACCUGAGACAAUGUGGGGACACAAAUGAACACAAAAAUAAGCCCUUCAACGGAUCUCUCAUGAAAUUAUCAGUACCCGCCCAGCUGAUCUCAGUACUUUACAGAAUGUUCCGCUCUCUAAUAGCAGAGCUACAUGUGAGGCCAAUGUCAACUUAGACAUGCUUUCUCCCCAAAAUCAAAGACAUUUUCAUAUUUUACAGGUUAUUUUCUACAAUCCCAGUAAUAAACUGGACUAAGGAGCAUAAUGAUAGGCCCAUUUUCAAUACAAGAAACAUUGGCAUAGCCUUUAAUCUAAGUUUUUAAAGGGAUUGUUUGACCUAGAUUCACAUUUAGGUGAAAUAUCACUUACCCUGAGUUUUUCUUGAAGACCCGUGGAGUCAUUUUUCACAACAAGCCAUUAUUUACCUCUGUCCCAGUCUGGAAUUAGCAUUAUUAGUAGGUUCGUUGAGGUAAACAACACCACUCUUCUUAGUUGGAAGUGGUUUGGAGUAGGUUUCAGCUUACAGUGCAGCUUUUGUUACUCGGGAUGCAAAGUUGGAAUUCAUAAAUUUGGACAAAGAAUUGGAUAAUGGUUGGAAAAAUGAUUCCAUGGCCCUUCCAGAACAUCUUGAGGUAAAUGUUUUUUCACACAAAUAUGAAUUUAGGAUUAACUAUUUCUUUAAGCUUUAGUUAAUUAAUUUAGUUAAUUUUCACUUCUAACAAUUAAAUACAUUUGUUUUGGGAAGGUUUUACUGUGCAUUAGUUUUCAAAUGCAUCCUGUUAAAUGGGUGAUGUGAUUUUAAUGUUUCUAUUAUUUUUAUGCCAAACAAAUAUUUGACUUACAUUGAUAUUUGAUUUACAAAAUGUUUAAUCAGCCUUUCUCCCAAAAAUUUGUUGCAGUCUUUGCCAGAGGGAGGGAGUGGGAUUUUAUUAGCCACACAUCGGCAUUCCUUGAACAUGAUAAGUGAACUUUAGUUGUGAAAUUCAUUGGGGAUUCCCCCACUAAAGCCUGGAUGACUAGUGUGCCAACUCACUUUGAAGGCCAGUCCCAAAGACAUGGAUGUCUUUUAUACUCUUGUCUGCAUAACUCUAGCAACAGACUCUAGAUUGAAGUCCCCAGGCACUGAAACAUGGACACUGGUUUAAGAGCAUCAGUCUACAGAAUAUAAAAGGGAUCUUGAUAAAAAUGUUCAUAAAAUUGAGGAUUGGCGAAAAUGUUAAGAAUACAAUCAUUUCAGGUUGACUAACCAUCUAAUAUUAUUUUUUAAAUGUAACUACUCAUUUGAGUUCUGCAUGUUGGUUGCACUGGGCCCAUUUAAAGCAAAUGUGUAGGGAAGCUUAUAAAACAACUAAACUUAUAGUUUUUUCAUCUGAGUAAAUGUGCAAAAAAAUGCGUUACUGCUUGUCUUGGUCCCUUGCAAGUAAGAAAGGCCUGACAGGAGUUGGAAAACAUUUUUCUAAGAAUAAAAAAUGCUUUGUAUGAUGAUUUUGUAAGCUAUUAAAUGUUAAACACAA